GCGCCCAAUCCAGAGCGCGACGGUGUAGUUCGCGUUGGCAACCCGGGAGGCUCGUGUUUUACGUCCCUUUCGCAGCCUUCUCUAUAUGCACUGAUCCAUCGGCUCGUUGAGGAUCGAUAUUCACGCAUUUCUCACACUUACGCGGGAGACGCAAGCAGAAGAACAUGAAUCCCUUGUGUAGCAGAUGUGACAAGAUUGUCUAUCCCACCGAAAAAGUCAAUUGCCUGGACAAGUUCUGGCACAAAGGAUGCUUCACCUGUGAGGUCUGCAAAUUGGCUCUGAACAUGAAGAACUACAAAGGCUUUGAAAAGAAACCCUACUGCAGCCAACACUACCCCAAGACCUCAUUCACCAGCGUUGCCGACACCCCGGAGAACCUGCGCCUCAUGCAGCAGAGCAAGGUGCAAAGCCAGGUGCUGUACAAAGAGGACUUUGAGAAGAACAAAGGGAAAGGCUUCAGCGUGGUGGCUGACACGCCGGAGCUGCAGAGAGUCAAGAAAACGCAGGACCAGAUCAGCAACAUUAAGUAUCAUGAAGAGUUUGAAAAGAGUCGAAUGGGAGGAGAGGCCCUGCCCACUGAGAGCAAUGCCAACAAAGUGUGUGCAGCCUACCAGCCUAGCAGCCCUCAGAGCUACAACUACGAGCCCCAGCCUGCACGUUCAGCUGCAGCUCCACCGCCCCCUACUGGUGGGAAACGCUAUAGAGCCAUCUACGACUACGUGGCGGCCGACGAGGACGAGGUGUCAUUCGCAGACGGCGACGUGAUCUUGGACGUGCAGCAGAUCGACGAAGGCUGGAUGUUCGGGCGCGUGGAGCGCACAGGCCUGCAGGGCAUGCUGCCUGCCAACUACGUGGAGCCUAUUUGAGCGGAUCGGAGCAGAGGGCUGCAGGAUGGGGGGGAGGAACAGCUCCCGUGCCAUCCCCACUUAAGGAGUCGGUUUCUUCGUUUCUUUUUGCCCCAAAUUCAUGUCACUAUUUGUUUUAACAUGAUUUUAAUGAAAUGAGAGUAAAUGAAAGUGAAGCUUGAUCAGGGUUCUGCGCUUUAGCUAGUUCAGAAUAAAGCUGAUUUUCCCAUCAGCCACACGAGCAUUCCCACCCCCCCGCCCCCAGCGUUCCUCUCCAAUUCCCAGCACGGCGGUGUUCAUCAGGUAUCAUGACUCGGAUUGCUCUCCAAGGUUAGAUUCUGCUGCAGUGGCAGAGGAUUUUUAUUUGUUUGUUUUUGUGUGACACCUUUCAGGGUGAUUUUGAAUGAUGGGAAUCAAACUCUGGGUUGCAGUGGCUGCUGGGAAAUGUAGUCCUAGUCUUUUGCUUAACUGCCUCAUGAGCGGCCAGCGCUCAAAUGUUGUCUUACUCAGCAAAGUUUUCAUGGCACUGCAGGUGGGCGGGGGAAGAAGCCCUCUGGAGUAUUGUUAUUUUUAAUUUUUAUGCACUUUGAGGGGGAAAAUACCAAAAAAAAAAAA